UCCUCCUCCUCCUCCUCCUCCUCGUGGAGCCCACGAGAAGAAUGCAGCACAAGCCCCGCGCCGCUGGGCCGCGCCGUCGGCGCGCCCGCCGCGUGCUGAUGCCGGGUGCGCUCACGCCGAAGGCCGCUGGCCUGCGCCACGCUGAGGAGGCGGCCCGCGGGGCCCUCCUCGCGGCGCACGCGGCCGCGGGGCUGGCGGCAGGGCACUCCCCCGCGGGGGUGCGCCUGCUGCGCGCCGCGGAGGGCCUUCUCCGCGCGGCUGUGGCGGGCUUGCGGAGCCCUGCCGCCGAGCCGCCUCCGCCCGCGCCUGGCGCUGCGCCCGCCCCUCUGAGGCGACGGCGGCGGCGUGGGCGCGGAGGCCGAGGCGGCGAUGCUGCCGGCCGCGCUGGUGCUGCGGCCAUGGGGGCUCGUCCCGACGACGGCGUGGAGGCCGUGGACCUCGAGAGGGAGGGCGGCGCGGGGAGCGGCCGCAGGCCGCGGCGGCGAGGCUGCCCGGAGCCUGCCCCCGCGGGCCUACCUCUCGAGCGCGUCACGGCGCGGCCCGCCGCCGACGUGGACGAGUCCGACGAGCUGGACGACGCUUGGGCCGACGGCGGCCGACCUGCACGCCCUGGCCGCGGCGGUGCAGGGGCGGCGGCGGAGGCCCGAGAUGGCGCUGGCUCUGGGCGGGCGGCGCAUUUGGGCGCGCCCGACGGCCGCGGCGGCGGCGCUGGCUCCCGGAGCUGGCGGAGCGGCUGCUGUGGCGCAGGGGGCGGCCUCUGCGUCGGCAGGCCCAGCACCCGCAGCCGCCGCGGCGGCGGACAGCUAUCCCCCUUGAUGAGCUGCGGCGGUCGCGCUGUGGUAUGCGAGUGGCAUAGGCUGCCAUGGGCCCUGCGCGGCUGCGCUGCGCUCUCGGGGUUCCUGUCUGCAUGAUUUUCUCUGUGAAUUUCAGUUCCUUCAUAGACGUGUCGACAAAAAAAAGGCCCCAACUGUA